AUGCUAUCAUUACCUGAGCCAUUACCACUUUACUCCUCACGUAACCAGUUUGUGGAACUAAUAGCAAAUGAACGUUUAACUACUGGUGCUGAAAUUGGUGUGCAAAGAGGUAUAUUUUCUGAAAUUUUGUUAAGAAAUUGGACAAACUGUGCGGAAUAUCAUGUUAUUGAUUUGUGGGCACAUCAAAAACAUUAUCUAGACGGCGCUAAUGUACGUGAUAAUCUCCAAGAAACUACUUAUCAAAUGGCAAGACAACGUUUGAAAAGAUUUGAAAAAGUCCUUCAUUAUCACCGUAACUUUAGCAAUUUAGCUGUUGUCGAAUUAAAAGAUGAUAGUUUAGAUUUUAUUUAUAUUGAUGCGAGACAUGAUUACGUCGGUGUUUGGGAAGAUUUAAAACUAUACUGGCCAAAAUUGAAACGCAAUGGUAUAUUUGCUGGACAUGAUUAUUUAGACUUGAGUGAAGUCAAAGCACGCGCUCCUAAAGAAGAUUGGUCGGUUGACGCUUAUGGCGUCAGACGAACCGAUAAUAAAGCUGUCAAAAGUGCAGUGAAUGAAUUUGCCAAAGAACGUAGCUUACAAGUAUUACAAACAUCUCAAGAAAAAUACCCUAGCUGGUAUUUAAGAAAAUAUCUAUAA